AUGAGGCGGUUACAGCCGGGUCCGGCAGCGCCGCCGAGUUGGCUAAAAUGCGCUGAUUCGGAGCAUAGUACCGAUUUACUGCGUGCGCUCAAUGCUAGUGAGAGGCAUUCGUCCCGGUAUGGAGAUAGGAUAACCUAUCGUACGCUGUCGGGUUUGAUCUUGCCAAGGGCUGGGAGUUUGGUGGAUCUUGCGUUGAGGAAGUUGGCGGAAGAGUGGGAUUUGUAUGUGGAGUAUUACAAGUAUCAUCUUCCGAUGCUUUCGUCGAGGCAGAAGGAGUGGGUUAUGACUUAUGUUGGACGGCAUACGAAUCCGGAGUGGAAUAGGAUCAACAUCCUGGAGGUGUUAUGGUCAACGAAGAGGGAUGAGGACGAAUAUGAGCAAGAUGGCGUGGAGGGCGGUGAGGAUGUUGUUCACCUGGAUCUUACGCAUGCUAUGGGCCGGAGUGUGAUGUGGUCUGAUCUGGACAAGUACUUCCAGCAUUACGGCGACACAACAUCAUCCGACGAUAAAGACAUUGACAACGACGAGGUCUCAACCGACGACUGGACGUCAGCUCUCCCCACCUCCCCCUUCUACUCCCCUACCCACGCAACCCUCGCCCACCCCUCUCCCACAACCUCCCCCCAAACCCACUGGCGCCGCCUCAUCUCCUGCUCCAUCCCCUCAACCCUCACGCACCUCUCCCUUGCUGGCUGGCCCGCACCACCGUCGAGCGAUAUCUUGUUCUCGGUGAGCCGGAAGUAUAUCUGUUUGGUGGAGUUGGAUUUGAGGGAGUGUGGGUGGAUUGGAACGGAAACGGGAGUGGAGAUGGUUGUUGGGGCUGAUUGGGGUGGAGGGUGGAGGGGGGUUAGGAGAGUGCUGGUUGAUGCCGCAAUUAGUGAGGAUGCGGGUGGGGAAGCGAGUGGAGGAAGGCGUGAGCUGGCGAGGCGCAUUAAUGGGAAGAGGCGGAAGGGGGAGUGGAUUGACAUUAUCGAGGAUGGCUCUGUCAAUGUUCUAGACAAUUGGCUGGCGGUCGCCGGUGGUCGAUGA